AUGAUUGUCCAAUACGUGUCGAAACGACCGUGCUCCAGAAGUCGCCGUUCGCGAAUAGUACAGUUUUUGACGUUGUUCUUUCUGGGACUUGUAUCAUCCACAAUCACAUUUCUCAUAACAUUCUUUGCAACAUCAGACUACGUCUUUGAUAGAAUAUCAUCUUUUCUUGUACCGCAAUCGAAUGGCGACUUCUCGUCAGAGCCAUCGCUUGAAAGGAUGAAGGAUUACCGGCCGAGAGAUUUCCUUGGAAAGAAAGAAUCGGUUAAUUAUGACUACUAUAUCACCUAUAAAGAUUUCAAUUUCCGUAAGCCGGACACGUUAACAUAUGAAAACCGAACGUAUGCCAAUAGCACACUUAUCUUCUAUCGAUUUCCACGAAGAACGUCAAUUCUAGCUUUGCUAUUGAUCUUCCAUAGUUGUCGACAUUCGGCUACGCAUUGGUUUCACACACCUGAACGACAACGGAUUCUGGGCGCGGCUAUUGAUCUUGGCUUUGCAUGUUUAGUAUUUCAAGCAUCUGAUAAAACAGCGAAAUGCUGGUCCAAUGAAGGUGAUAUUUAUCAAAAUAGGGAUGUGUAUUAUAUUUUGAAAGGAUUAGAGGGCUUUUUUAAAGAUUAUCCCGAAUUAAUUUCCCUACCACGCUAUACAUUCGGUUCGUCCAGCGGCGGUAUAUUCUCCAGUGUAUUUGCCAUUAAUCAACGGUAUCCUAUCCAUGGACAAGUCAUCUACACUUCGAUCAUUCUUCCAGUGAUCUUGCACAAGCAUAUCAAAAAUGGAAAUUAUCCGACAACAGUAUGGAUUUACAUGUUACGUGACAUUGAGUUUGCUUCGGAACAACGUAUUGAUAUGUCGAAAGAAAUUCUUCGGAGACAAAAUAUUUCAUGUACUUCGUUUCCUAUCGAACCAUCACAACUCACAUCGACGAUAUUUCAUGAUCGACAGCCUAAAAUUACUCAUGCUGCAUCACAAUAUCUCUACUCUCAAUUACGACAAUAUCGUUGGUUGAAUAAUUACAACUACAUGCUUUAUAAUCCUCGACAGAAACUGACUUGGCAGGGAUUUCUUUUUGCUGUACAAGUCAAUCAAACGUUGAGCAAAGAAGCAUUUGAUAAUAUUCAUACACAUAAACUCGAGAUAUACGAAUUAUUGAAUACAUUUUAUGGUGAACAUGAAAUUAGCUAUGAGCGGUCGUAUGAAGCUUUGAAAUGGCUUUUAGAUACUUCAAACAAAUAA